ACUGUUUCUCCUGAAAAUAAAUGAUUUACUGCUGCUUCAGAUACAUUAUUGAUGCUCCUCUUGCUCUGUCUGUCCGUCCUCUUCUUCUCCGAGGCCUUUUCCAUGGAGACGAACCAGAGCUCCAAGCUGCUGGCGGAGAGCGGAGAGCAGUGUUCGGCCUGCGACUUCCGGGAGCACAGCAAGCAGAUGAGGCUCCACAGCAUCAAGUCCCAGAUCCUCAGCAUCCUGCGGCUCGAGCAGGCUCCCAACAUCAGCCGGGACAUGAUCCGCCAGCUGCUCCCCAAAGCGCCGCCUCUGACGCAGCUACUGGACCAGUACGACCCACGCGUGGAGGACGAGGACCACGCCACCACGGAGACCAUCAUCACUAUGGCCACCAAGCCUAAUCCGAUUUUCCAGGAUGAGACGUCCUGCUGUCUGUUCAGCCUCAGUCCAAAGAUCCAGCCCAAAAACAUCCUGAGUGCUCAGCUGUGGGUUCAUCUGCGGCCGGCCCACAUAGUCACCACUGUCUUCCUGCAACUGUCCCACCUCAAACCUGGGAGGGUGGGGAACAACACCCGCGUCCGAGUCCGCUCCCUGAAGAUCGACAUGGACGCCGGCGCCGGCUCCUGGCAAAGCAUCGACAUCAAGUCGCUGUUGCAGGCUUGGCUGCGUCAGCCGGAGACCAACUACAGCAUCGAGAUCAACGCUUACAACUCCAGAGGGGACGAUCUGGCCGUGACCUCUCCAGAGCCAGGAGAGGAAGGACUGCAACCGUUCAUUGAGGUGAAGAUUCUCGACAGCCCCAAAAGGUCGCGCCGCGACUCGGGCCUCAACUGCGAUGAGGAAUCUGCGGAGACGCGCUGCUGCCGCUACGGACUGACCGUCGACUUCGAGGAGUUCGGCUGGGACUGGAUCAUCGCGCCCAAGCGAUACCGGGCCAACUACUGCUCUGGCGAGUGUGAGUUCAUGCACCUGCAGCAGUACCCGCACGCACACCUGGUGAACAAGGCCAAUCCGCGAGGCACGGUGGGGCCCUGCUGCACACCCACCAAGAUGUCGCCGAUCAACAUGCUCUACUUCAACCGCAAGGAGCAGAUCAUCUACGGGAAGAUUCCAGACAUGGUGGUCGACCACUGCGGCUGCUCUUGAGAAGGUCCAGAACUUGAUUUCCAGUGACAGUGAUGCAAAAAUAUCCAAACACAAAAACAGAUAUGGACCAGAAGAGAAGCUGAGUAUCUUAUCUUUGUAUAGAUAUACUACCUUUGAAUGAGCUCUGUUUCUGCAGAGGCCCAAGAAGGACACAAACCUUCACCUGAAGGCCACUGUUGGCUCUCCAACACACUGAAGAAGGUACACGCUGAACCUAUAAAGGUACAUUGUGUGAAUUUUAGGAGUAUUUAUGAACUGAAUAUACCACACAUAAUCAUGUAUGUAUACGUGAAUAAUUGCUUUAGAUUUAAUAUUUAGCCUUAAAGUAAGCUUUUUAUAUGUACUCAAGGACGGGGUCUUGCUCUAAGGAGCCAGUUUCCUCAGCAAAUCAGUCUCAACAAAGUUAUUAAAUGCUGAAUUAGCUCUUGGAAGGUUUCAGUCAUAUCGUGCAUGGACAGAUAGACAAAUCCCAGCUGCUUCCUGUCGUCCCGUCUUAUGAAACUGUGUCCUGAUUUGAGUCUUGAUCAGGACAAACCCUGCGGGGCAUCUUCCACGUGAGUCCUUAUUUUGGAAAACAUGAACCGGUUGACUGGGCCGACACUUCCACCCCUCUCUGUCCUAGCACUCUGUGUUUGCAGACCAGUUUUCACUGCAACAGAAACAGACUUUUUAAAAGAGGUUGAUGCUGGUGUUGUAGUUUUUAAAACAUUGAAAUGCUGCCCCAUCUUCCCCCAGAGCAACAAUAGAUAAAUUAGUCCAACAAAUAUGCUAACAAGGGAGACUGGAUGGAGCUGAAAUGACAAAUGACUGAAAGUGAUUGGCUGACUGAUCUGUCACCCAAAACCCAUUGACACCUGCCCAGUGGUUAUUUCCCUCACCUUGUUUCAUAGAGCCUUAGGUGUGAUGCCGUUUGAAAACUUCCUCUUCCUCACCUUUGCCCUUUACUGAUGUGUAACUGCAAACAAACCUGCAGGAUUGUGUAUUUCUGUGGAAAACUGGCUUCAAAACCUAUUUUGACACAAAAGUGAACGACAGUUAAAUGCCGAUCUCCUGCCACUUGUCACCUUCAGGAAAUUUCACUGCUGUCAUGGACACACUCAUCUCUUGUUGUUGUAUUCAGGGAAGAGAAGCAUCAAGUGGCACUUGAAAGGGCUGAAACAGUUGUUGUGUGCUGUGGUUUCCAAUCACACUAAAAAUUAUUUCCUGAGCUUCACACCAAAACCAGCCCUUUAAAGUCAUCCUCUUCAGUUCUAGUCGAACUUAAACCUGACCAUUAUUGGAGGAAAAAAACUCCAAACCUUCUUCCUGGAGUUUUUUCUGAUAUUAAAUCUUCACAGAUUGAUUUAAUAGCAUCUGGCCCAUCAGCUAAAAUGACAAUGUGAGCAGAAAAUGUGAUCUCAGAGGGAGGUUUCAUCUCGAUUUGAAGCUGAGUGCAGAUGUCCUGAGUGUUGUUGUGCUUCACAGGGGUUUGUGACCCAAAAGUCUUUGUUAUGCUGUUGGAACAGAAUGUUCUGCACUGAACACGAGUCCACUUUUUUGCAUAUUUAGUUUACACUUUAAUUUUAUUGGUGCAUAUAUGUCGGUGUUAUCUACUCUAAAGUAAGCGGUCUAUAAGCAGUCUUUCUCUGACUGACUUUUUACAAGUUCAGACUAUAACGUUCAGUCAGAAUGUGCAAAACAUGGGGUCACGAUGCUGCAUCUGUGGUCAGGUGAUGGUAUGAUAGGAGAAAUAUGAACUGGGUCACAUUUCCCUUCAUUUAUGGUGUAACGUGCAAACAUGCACAUAGUAUGUGCUAUUCUGUUCAUUGCAGUUGCUCCCAUUUUGUAUUUUAAUCAAAUUUCAAGUUGUUCAAGUUGGAAAAUCUUUAUUGUUAUCAAAAUCAAGCCAGUGUAGAGAGAACUGUGGUUGUACUCAGUAUUGUUAGCGGUGUGAAAUCUGCUGUGCCGAACCACAAUGUUUAUGGACGAUAAAGUUCUACUGAUAGUUUUUCCUUCUUCUAAGAAAUGUUCUAUAUUUCCACCACAUGGGUGCACCAAAGUUCACUGUAUGUAACUUAUAUAUGGGGUUUAAGUUUCAUAUUUUGUCCUCAGCACUCUGUAUACUCUCUGCAUGUGUAUGAAUAAUGAUGAAUCAACUGUAAAUGUUCAAAAAAUGUGAGGAAAGCAUUGAGGCAUAAUUAUGAGUUUGUGCAUAGUUGUAAUUGGAAUGAUUACAAAUUUCAAAUUCAUUGCUUUUUUUUAUCAUGUUUUGUUGUUGUUAUAUUUGUAUUUCCAGUGUUAUUAGAUUACUCAUUGUAAAUUACACACUGCACAUUUAUAGUAUACCUACGUUGUUAUAAACUCGACAUAAUCUACUUUAAUUGCUGAUAACUCCUCAAAAUACGUCCACUUCCAGACUUUAUCCACAGCUGUAACAAGUUAUAUCCUCCUAAAUAUAUUUAAUUGUCUAACGUUAACAAAGAUACAAACAGGUAAAAACAGGUGUCCGUGAUUUCAACAACAAUCUGUACUGCAAAAAAACAUUUUUAAAUUGAUAUGUAUGUAAACAUAUCAAUUUGAGUCCCAUUAAGUGCUCCAGAAUAACAUUUUUAAUAAAUGUUGGUAAAGCCUGACACAUGAAAUGUUUAA